AUGACACUUACAAAAUUAGAUUCGAAAGGUUAUUCGCCAAGAACUAUAAUAAUUGAUAAUUAUGACUCUUAUACCUUUAAUUUGUUACAACUUUUGAACAAUACUGAAAAUGUUAUCGUUAUUAGAAAUGAUCAAUUUUCUUGGACCGAGUUUGAACAAAACAUUCUACCACAUUUUGAUAAUAUUAUAAUAUCUCCAGGACCAGGAAGUCCCGAAAAUUCAUCGGAUUUUGGUAUUUGUUCAAAAAUUCUUAAAUUAAAUAACAUCCCAAUACUUGGUGUAUGUUUAGGACAUCAAGGAAUCGGUUAUGCAUUUGGUGGAAAGAUUAAAAAUGCUGAAAGGAUUAUGCACGGAAGAUCAAGCCUUAUAUAUCACGAUGGUGGAGAUGGCGACAUUUCCUUAUUUUCUGGAAUACCGAAUCCAUUUUGGGCAGUUAGAUAUCAUAGUUUAGUCGUUGAUAAUGAAAAUUUACCUUCAGAAUUAAUUGUAUCAGCUUGUCAUUCUUUAGAAAAAUCUAGUAAAAUCAUGGGAUUAAAACAUAUAAAAGAACCGAUUUAUGGUGUACAAUUUCAUCCAGAGGCAUGGUUUUCUAUUUGCACAGAAUAUGGUUAUAAAAUAAUAAAGAAUUUUAACGAAAUAACAAAAAAGUACCAUGGAAAAAAGCAAGGAUUAACAUUUUCAAGACCAAAGCUUCCAUAUAAUAUUUCAGCACUUUCAGUAAUUCCUUCCAAUUUUUUUAUUUUCAAUCCAAUAACAAGGAUUAAUAAUAAUAAACCAAAAUAUUAUCUUGUAAUGAAACAAUUUCACGAGAAUAAAUGGUUAGAUCCAUACCUGGUGUUUAAAGAAAUUCAACAAGAUUCACAAAAUGGAUUUUCAUUUAUGGGUUCAACACCAAAUUUUUCAAAUACGUUUUCAGUGUCAUAUUCCACUUUAGAAAAAGAUUUGAAAAUACAUUGCACAAAUGGAAAAAUUAUUUCAAAAAAAUUAGAAGAAAAUCAAACAUUUUGGGAUUGGAUGUCAAAUGCAACAAGACUAAUUAAUCAAAAUAUUGGCAUCACAAAAAUAUUAAAAAAUAAUGGAUUGCUUUAUGAUAUCUUAAAAUUAAAAAAAAAAGAGCAUCUAAUAAUACCAUUUGAUUUCCGCUUGGGAAUGGUUGGUUAUUUUGGCUAUGAAAUGAAAUGUGAAUCUAUGCCUGGUUAUGUAAAGGUUGUUCCCAAUGGUGUUGGCCCAAACAAUAAAUGUCCUGAUUCAGCAUUUAUAUUUUCAACAUAUGCAAUAGUAUUUGAUCACUUAAAAAAAAGAUUAUGGUCAAUUGGAUUAAUUAAAAAUGAUGAUGGCAAUUCAUUGAUAGAUUAUAAUGAGUUGGAAGAAGAUUAUGAAUUAUGCCUUACAACACAAUUUCAUACCAAGUUGCCAAAUAAACUAAAAAAUAUUGAUGAUAUUCUAGAGUUGUAUUACUACAUUAGAUCAAAUAAUCCUGCUCCUUAUUCAGCUUUUAUUUAUUUCAAUAACUUAAGUUUAUCAAUAUUAAGUUCGUCACCUGAAAAGUUCUUAGAAAUAGAUGAUAAAGGAGUUAUAGAGAUGAAGCCAAUAAAAGGUACAGUUGCAAAAGCAAAUAAAUGCUUUUGUGAAAAGAAGACUAAUGAAACAAAGGAUCAAUAUUAUGAUAACAAAUGUGAUAACGAAGAGUGUUGUAAAAUUAAAAGAAAGGAGGAAGAUUUAAGAAGAAUUUAUAUGCUAAAAAGAAAUGUUAAAGAAAGAGCUGAAAAUUUGAUGAUUGUGGAUUUAAUACGUAAUGACCUUUCACAGAUAUGUAUUCCUAAUACAGUCAAAGUACCAUAUUUGAUGAAGGUAGAAUCAUAUAAAAGUGUUCACCAACUUGUGACAACUGUUAAAGGAAAUUUAAAUAGAAAUAUAGAUUAUGUUAAUGUCAUCAAAAAUUGCUUUCCUCCUGGAUCAAUGACUGGUGCUCCUAAAUUACGUAGUGUACAAUUACUUGAAAAAUUAGAAAAUUAUACCCCAAGGGGUGUUUAUUCUGGUUGUUUAGGUUAUAUUUCAUUAAAUGAGCCAAAUAAUCCUAAUAACUGUGGAGGUGGUGCUCAUUUCAGUGUUGUCAUUAGAACAGUUAUUAUUUGUGAUGAAAAAGAUAUAUCAGUUGGUGCUGGUGGUGCUAUCAUAAAUCUUUCAAACCCAGAAACGGAAUGGCAAGAAGUUUUAUUAAAAUCACAAUCCGUUAUCCCAAGGUAA